CAAGUGUGUGUGCAUGAGUUAUGUGUGUGUGUGUGUGUGUGUUGUCUAGCAUACACUCUGUUGUGUUUCUCCUGCUCAGAGCUGCCUGCUGACUCUCAGAACUGAAACCCCUCGCAGCUUGACGUCAGCAUGGAUCCGACCCCGACUGCAGAACCGUUCACGACUGUAGAACAGUACAUGUCUGAACGUCCGACUCCAACACCAGCCGAGGUUCUGACUCCUGAAGUUCUGACCCAGACAACAGCCACAGGCGUGGAGGUGGACGGUGGAGACUUGGCGGCGUUAAUCGGAGGAGUGGUGAGCGCCGUGCUGCUGCUGCUGGUCUGCGUGGUGGCCGUGCUGCUGUGGUGUCUGUCCAGACAGAAGGGAUCGUACGUCACCAACGAGACGGACGACGACGACGGCGGCGACUACGAGUCGGUCGGUUCUGACACGGCGCUGCAGAGCAAAGAGCCUCUGAAGGAGGACGAGGAGGAGUAGGAGGAGGACUGAAGAGUUUAGGAGCUUCAGGUGAAACAACAAAGAUGUGAGAAGGGAAGUUUAGUUUUUUAUAGAAGAAGAAGAAGAAGCUGGUUUUCUCGAGCUGCACUGAGCAGCUCUGCACACCGGAAACAGUUUGAGUCCUUCAGCAGGUCCCGUCGAUUCUAGAAACGAAACCAGCCACCGUCUGGUUCAUCUGCGUUUUCACAACUCAGUCGUUAUUAAAAGACUGUUGUUCCAAAUGUAAUAACAGGUGUUGAUCUACGGAGGCCUGGAGGUGACAAACCGCAACAACAGAAAACUCAACAUUUACUGAAAACAAACACAAAAUCUAAAACCAGGUCACGUCUUGUUUUUUAAAAGAUGACGACAAACAAUCCAGAACAUCUUGUAUGUUUGUGUUUGACUGAAAACAAAACAACAAAUAUUAGAAAACAUGAAGAAAAAAAGACAAAAAUCCGAAAACGACAAGAAACUAAAACGCUGCUUCUUUGAACGCUGGUUUAUUUUCUGACUCUUUUUUUUUUUUUAUUGUUUGUUUUUAUGCUGCAUUUAAAUGUUGUCUUGUUGAAGCUGCAUCCACUGAACUGGUUUAACUAUAGUUUAUAAAAUAUUGUGGUUUCUUUUAGUCGCUGCGUUUUGCACCUGAAGUCACAUCCAGACGACUAAAACGAUCAUUUGGGCUGAAAAACUGACAAUCGAACUGGACGCUGCGUUAAUUUGCGACAAUCACGAUUUGCACAAUUCAAACCUUUAAUUCUCAGACAAACGCUGUCUUUGCAGCAGAAUAAACGUCCUGCCAAAGAAGCUUCGAGGCCAAACGAACCCAUAAACUGACAAAUAAUCUGAGUUUAUCUGCGUUUCUGUCUCCUGGACGUUUUUUUUUAACCACACAGGAAGCAAGCGGCCGGAUGAAGCAGGAGGAGCUGCAGCAGAAAACACACGUUUUGUACCGUUAAAGGAGAGUUUAGUGGUUUUUCUUGUUUCUUAAAGUCUCUUCUCGAGUGAUUGUGAUGCUUUUGUGAGAAUAAAACGUUCGACUUUCUGACA